AUGUCGCCGCCGCUACCGCCGCCGUCAUCGUCUUCAUCAUCAAUCUCAACGGCGGCUGCUCCUGCUGCCCCGCUCCUCAGACCCCCGAUUCCAGGCGCCCGCAAUGACAAGAGCAAUGGAUCCUCGAGAGCACCUCCAAAGCUUACACUGGGCAUUCCCCCGUUACCGAAUAGCAGGCUAGUCUCCCCGUAUGAUCCUACUGGCAAUGGCAGUGGCACCGUUGCCUCCACCCUCUCAACCUCCUCCGUCGAUCCCAUCCCUCUCCCUCUUUCUCUCCCUCAGCAGCAACAGCAUCAACGACCUGCGGGCCGUCCAGCACCCCCGAAACUCCGUCUCGCUACUCCCAUGGGAGGGAGUAAGAAUGUUACUCCGUCUGAAUCCCUCCCCAGCAAUAACGGCAGACCUGUUCUCCCCGCCCUCAUGACGGGGCCUGAAUUAAAUGCGCACGCGACAUCAGGGGGGCUCAAUCAUUUCGACGGCCGUGGGAGCGGUCCCGGUUCAGUGGCGUCUUCGAAUUACUCCACUCUGUCGUUUGCUAUGGGGCUUCGUCAACCACACGGAGGUACUCCGGAUCCCUCGUCUUCUAUCAGCUCGGUGUAUUCCGACCGGGAUGGCGGGCUGGAUCAGGAUGGUGGCGGUGUGAAUGGGCUUCUGCCGGAUUUGGAUAAAUUGAGUCUAGAGAAAGGGCGGCCGCUCGAUGUAGAGGAUCUGGAUGAUGAGGGCUGGCUGGCUGCUAGUGAACAGAAGAAGAUCGUGGAGUUGGGGAGCUUGGGAGAGGGUGCUGGAGGUGCGGUGACAAAGUGUAUGCUCAAGGGUGGGAAGUCAGUCUUUGCUCUCAAGAUUAUCACUACCGAUCCAAAUCCGGAUGUCAAAAAGCAGAUCGUCCGGGAGCUCAACUUCAACAAGGACUGCGCAUCGGAGCAUAUCUGUCGCUACUACGGGGCCUUUAUGGACAAGUCUACGGGUACUAUUUCGAUUGUGAUGGAGUUCUGUGAGGGAGGCAGUCUAGAUGGCAUAUACAAGGAAGUCAAGAAACUCGGUGGUCGAACAGGGGAGAAAGUAUUGGGCAAGGUCGCAGAAGGUGUUUUGAACGGGUUGACGUAUCUUCACAGCAGGAAGAUUAUCCACCGGGAUAUCAAACCUUCGAACAUCCUUCUCUGCCGAGAUGGCCAGGUCAAACUAUGCGACUUUGGCGUCAGUGGAGAAUUCGGCACAAAAGGUGACGCGAACACCUUCAUCGGCACUUCGUAUUAUAUGGCUCCUGAACGUAUCACCGGUCAAUCCUACACGAUCACUUCCGACGUAUGGUCCCUCGGUGUGACAUUGCUCGAAGUCGCGCAGCAUCGGUUCCCAUUCCCUGCAGACGGGACAGAGAUGCAACCCCGUGCUGGCCUGAUAGACCUCCUAACAUACAUUGUGCGUCAGCCUAUCCCAAAACUGAAAGACGAGCCGGAGAACAAGGUUCGCUGGUCUGAUAAUUUCAAGUACUUCAUUGAAUGCUGUCUCGAGAAAGAACCACCUCGAAGAGCAACGCCGUGGCGGAUGCUGGAACAUCCCUGGAUGCUGGACAUCAAAAACAAGAAAGUGAACAUGGCCGCCUUCCUGAGGCAAGUAUGGGGCUGGACCGACUAG